CUACGACCUCUUCUCCCCUCAGACCCACUGUGCCCUGACCAUCGAAGCAGUGUCCUACGAGACGCUGGAGAAAUCCAAGAAGGAGAUGAGGAUAUCAGCCAGGGCGAUGCUCAGAGCCCAUCAUGUGCCACGUGAUGCUAGAAUAAAACUGAUGAAAAAUUUUGCCCCUUUGUGUUCUGUGGUGCUGUUGGAUGGUCUGGAUACCUCGGUUACAAGAUUCAUUCUUAAUCACCCAGAGUUCUCCCAUAUCUUCAGAGUAAAGAUACAAAGGGGUUCUUGCUUCACACCAGAAGAUGCAGCUCUAGCUUCUACUGGUAUUGGGAAACGUGAUCCUGAAAGUGGCCUGCUUUUGUCGGAGAGUUCAGUUUCAGCAAUUGAAGAGUUAAUACAAGCGUGUUGUGAGGAAGAUGAUGGUUGUCCUGUCAUUCUGGUGUGUGGCCCAAAAAGUAUUGGAAAAUCAACAUUUAACAGAUAUCUCAUUAACCUGUUGCUGAAUCACCUUCCUUGUGUUGAAUAUUUGGAAUGUGAUCUGGGACAGACAGAGUUUACACCACCUGGAUGUGUCUCCUUAAUUAAUGUGUCAGAGCCGUGUCUUGGUCCACCAUUCACUCAUCAGCGAAUGCCACGUAAAAUGGUGUACUAUGGAGAAGCUAGUUGUGAUCAGGAUACAGAAAGAUAUAUCGACACAGUGAAGUAUGUGUUUAACUCCUACAAGAAAGAAGUGCCUUUGGUCAUCAAUACAAUGGGAUGGGUGAAAGGUGUUGGAUUGCUGCUUCUGAUAGAUAUCAUUCGACUGCUGGCACCCAGUCACAUUGUUCAGAUCAGUGUGGAAGACUUUAAGGAUAUGCCUCGCUUUACCCCAGAAUAUAUUAAUCUUGCUGCUGGCCUACAUACAAAAGGCAAACUACAGGGCAAGUGUAAGAGCAUGGAUGUGAGUGGAAUGGAGGAUUGGAAGCAGUAUGAAGGAGAAAGCGACUUUCAAACAUCGACUACAGGACAUAAAUUGCUGUGCGUACAACCAAAAUUCCCUGGAGCAGGGAAUGCUGGUGAAGCACGGGUCCAUAGCAGUAUCCUCCGGGAUAUGGCAAUGUUAGGUUACCUUGGCCAGCUUCAGCCUCUGGAAACAAGAUCAGUACGCCCUUUACACAGUCUGAUUCCCUAUCAGGUACCUUUCAAUGCUGUUGCGCUCAGGGUUAUUCACACUGAUGUUGCUCCUACACACAUCCUGUAUUCAGUAAAUGCCAACUGGGUCGGUCUCUGCAGGAUAUUGGAUGAGGUCAGAUGUCCGACUGAUGGGCCAGUCUUGCUUACACAGACACCAGUCUGUGAUUGCUUGGGCUUCGGAAUUAUCCGAGGGGUUGACAUGGAGAGGAAGCUUUACCAUAUUCUGACUCCAGUACCUCCAGAAAACUUAAGACUUGUAAACAGUCUGCUGCUGGGAACUAUCACCAUUCCAGAUUGUGUCUUUACAAACCAGGGAACUGAAGGGGAGAUCCCCUAUGUGACAUCUGAAUACAAUUAUGACAUUUCGGGAGCUGGGAAGUUGAAAAUGAAGAAGCACCUCAAGAGAAGAGAACACAGUAGAUCAUAAGCUCCGUUUAAAGCCUUGUGAGAGAAUGAAUUACAGGGUUUGUUUCAUAAUAAGGGGCCAGGGAGCUUCCCAGAGAACUUGGCACAUUCUUGGAACCAACAAAGGCCCCACAGAACUGUGAGGAAGAGCAUUUAUCAUCCAGUGCAAAUUGUGUAGUGCUUACCUGCUAACCGCUUACUUUUUAUACUUCCAUUAUGUACCUGUGUGUUUUACAAGUAAACAUCUAUUAAAAACUUCA